UGAAAUGUACAGACGUGUCGCGUGAAUUCAAUUUUUCAUCUAUAAUCUUCUUUUGAUUUCAAAUAGCAUAAAAUAUAUCAACAGAUAUAGUGGAAUUUGUGGAUGCUGCUUGUAUUCCGCAAACAUAAAGCCAGCCAUAAAUAAAAUAAAUAAAUAAAUAAAUGAUAACCAAUAAUUGAGUCAUCAUCGUACAGUGUGUAGCAAUAUAUAUAUUAAAAAGUGUGCCUGUGUAGUGUUAGUUAUGAAAAAUUCAUUGAGAAAAAAAAACAACAUGAUAAGUCUCAGAGUCACAGUAGGUGUGGUUUUAAUAUUACUAGAAGUUUGCACUUUCGGCUUGACUGAAGAUAAUGCCUCAAGCAUAAAUAACGCGACAACAACAGUGAUAAAAAAUUCAUCGACAUUUGAUGGCACAACGAAAAGUUUCCAAAUCGAUUCAACAAUAGCAACAACAACGAUAUCAAUGACAACAUCAAUGCUGCCAACAAAUUUUGAAGUCCCAGAAAAUUGCUCAGAUUACAAGAUAUUAGAUAAUCAACCAAAGGCAUCUUCACGUUCAUCAAUUAAAAAAUGUUGUCCACUACAUCAGAACUACAAGAUUGAAAUGGGAAAACGAUUUUGUGGUAACACUAGUCUCGAAUUUCAUGUGAGUCCCAUUCGGGCCACAUUUUAUGAGAAUUGCAUAGAGGAUGAGGAAUCUGAUGUAACCAUUGAUAUCAAGAUCGAGAAUAGUUGUAAAAAUGGUCUCAUAUUCAAUAAAAACUACAAUGACAUGCUCUACGUCAUACAAAAUGGAUCUCUACUAAGGAUUGACGAAAACUUUGAAUCCUUUGACAUCUUCGAGCAUUAUUGCCUUGAUAUGGACGAAGACGAACAAAUUUUAACGGCCAUCGUUUGUGAAUUUGAUGAAGCAAUCUUUCGGGUUAAUCGUGCCCAAGCUCUCAUAUUUGCGACAUGCAUGAUUAUAUCAGUUCCGUGUUUAUUAUUGACAGUUACAUUAUAUCUCUUAGUCCCCGAGCUGAAUGAUUUGCAUGGCAAAUCAUUGGCGUGUCACAGUAUAUCCUUAGCAUUGGGUUUUCUGCUCCUCGCAAUAUCACAAUUUAGAGACGACGUCUUCUUUUUGGAAGGUUACAUAAUACAAUUUUGCAUUAUAUCGUGCUUCUUUUGGUUAACCGUGAUGUGGAUUGACAUUUGUAUACACGCUUGGUAUUAUUUACCGAGAGGUAUCAAGCAAACGCCCAAAGACGAUAAUCUUCACUUGAUGUAUUAUAGCAUUCUUGCCUUUGGAUUGCCCUUAAUUCUCGUGAUUUUAACUUAUAAAAACAAAUUGAGUGGACUUCCAUCGUAUUAUCUAAAAGGAACUACGGAGGUUGCUCGUACAUCACAAAUGUUUUUCAUACCUCCGAUAAGCGCUACACUGUUCCUUAACAUUGUUCUAUACGUCUUAUCAUACUUUGGUUUUAAAAAAUUACAAAAAAUUAAGAUAUCAAACUUUUUAAUGCUUCAGCUGAAGAAAUGUGCAAGAGAAAAUAAAUUAUCGUCGCAAAAUAUUGCACAUAUGGAGAAAGUUGAGACAAUAAUGAAAAGCACUGCAUACUUGACACUCAUCAUGACAGUAAAUUGGAUUUUUGAAAUAAUUUCCUUUUAUAAUGAAACAUCUUCAACCUUAUUCGAUAUCAUCAAUGCAUUGCAAGGUUUACUGAUUUUCUUCAUAUUUGUUUGUUUGCCACGUCCCAUGAAGCUAAUAAAACACUGGUGGAAAGACCGUGGAUCGUUUCAAAUCAUAUCCGAGAAACCUAUCAAUGAUUUUCAAAUGGAUUCUUUAAAGAAAUAAGCAUAAAUUUACUUUUUUUAUCUCUGUCACUCGCUUUUCUAUCUCUCUUACUUACUCGCAUUAUUUUUUUUCUUAUUUUUCCCCCUUUUUUAAAUGAAUAAAUAAAAUUGAAUGAGAAACGGAGAAAGAUAGAAAUGCGCACGCAAAUAAAAUUUAUAUCUAUAUAUAUAUAUACACAUGCAUAAGUAAAGUAUAUAUCUAUAUGGUAAAUAGAUUUUUUAAAGACGCGUUUUAGCAAAGCAAUUGUACUAAUAUGCUCAUUUUGACGUGAUAGAUUGGAUGCAUUUACAAAAACUUGAAAAUGUUGUCCAGAUUAUUUGCAAUAUCUUGUUAAACGAGUGUGUUCUUCAAACAGUAUUUUCUUAUAUAUUUGUAAU